AUGGCGAGCUGCAAUGGCGCUGCCCCCGCCAGCAAGAGCCAAAUCACUAUCGCAACGACCAACGCCACCGCCACGACCAAGGCUCUCCAGAAGUUCUUCGUCGAGGACGCCAAGCAGAACAAGAACAGCGGCUACUUCAAGGUCCUGAACGACUCGUCGGCGGACAAUGAAGAGCGCGGUGCGGGUGCCAUCGCGUCCGGUCAAGGACCUCGUGCUGGAGCUGGCACCACGGUGGUGUCAAGUGGCACUGGCUCAAGCCAAACGGUCACGGUGACCAUCUACAACAACAACGGACUGUGGCAGCGCUUCCAGCGGUGGUGGGACCGACUGUUCAACAUUAAGUCGAGUUCCACUCGCCGACUUCGAUAA